AUGACUCAUUGGACUGCUAACCGAAGCAGCCAAGGCAGGGAGGCAGCAGACUGCAGCGGCAGCAGCAGCAGCAGCACUACCGAUGCAAGCAGCAAGCUAGUCAGCAGUAGUGGCAGGCGCAGCAGCUCCACAAGCAGCAGCAGUAGCAGCAGAAGUAGCAGCAGCAGCAGAAGCAGCAGCCACACUAGCAAAAGCAGCAACGAAUGCUGCUUCAGCAACAGUAGCCGUUGGAGCAGCAGCAGGAACAAGAACCACCGGGGCAGCCGCAACCACAGCAGCAGCAGCAGCAGCAGCAGCAGCCACAGGAGCAGCAGUAACAGCAGCCGUAGCAGCAGCAGCAGCAGUAGAUGCAGCACCCGCAGCAACAGCAGCACCAGGAGCACUAGCAACAGCCUGAGCAGCAGCAGCAGCAGCAGCAGCAGCAGCAGCAGGGGUGAUUUGCCUGAGGUGGUGCUGCUGCUAGCUUCUCAGUAUUUUACUGUGAGCGAUUUAUGCAGCUGCUGUUUGGUUUGUCGGCGUUGGUUUGUGCUGCUAGCGCAGCAGCAGCAGCAGCAAUGGCGUUUGCUGCUGCUGCAGCAAUACGGAGUGAAGUAUGAAAAUUAUUUUAAGUACAGAAGGGGCUGGAGCUGGCGGCUGACACUGGCGAAGGCAGCAACCUUCGUUAGAAACAUCAAACAGGCGAAGUACCGGCACACUUCUUAUAAAGAGUUGCUUCGCCCUGCGCUGCCUCGAGCGCGUGUGCGUAGUCUCGCUUUGUGCUGCUGCUGCUGCUGCUUCCUCUGGGAAGAUGGGGUGUAUAUACACCUCAUCCACCUGGAGCAGCAAAAAGAAGUCUGGAAGGCAGCAACAGACACACCAGUAGAUCACCUCCUCCCCUGCAGCAGCAGCAGCAGCAGCAGCAGCAGGAUCUGCAGCAGCAGCAGCAGCAGCAGGAAUGAAGAGGAAGAAGAGGUUCGGGUUUGUUUGGUGGCGACAGCAACAAAGGCUGUCUUUCUGAAGCAAGGAGUUUUGCGUGGGUUUAAUUUAGUAGAUGGGCGUCUUGCUGCUGCAGCUUUGCUGCCAGCAGCAGCAGCAGCAGCAGCAGCAGCAAAUCGACCUGAGUUCCCUUUAGAUGUAUCUCUAAGAAACCUGCAGCUAACUGUCUUGGCUGGCAAUACACUGCAUGUAUUUCAUUCGCAUACACUGCAGCUUCUCUACACCGUCUUACAUCACCAAGGCCCUGCUGCUGCUCCUGCUGCUGCUCCUGUUGCUGCUCCUGCUGCAGCGGCUGCUGCGCCGUACGCUGCUGAUCAUCCUGCCCCUUUUGCUGCUGCUGCUGGUGCGCCUCCUUAUGCUGCUCCUCCUGCUGCUGCUGCAGCAGCGGUGGCACAUACACGCAUGCAACCCAACGCAGCAGCAGCAGCAGCAGCAGCGAGUGCAGCAGCAGCAGCGGCAGCAGGAGACGACACAGCGCAGGAUCUCGACUUCCUCUGGGCCGGAUAUGUUGAUGCACACCCAAAUUACAGCAGCAGCAGCAGCAGCAGCAGCAGCAGACUCCGCGCACCGCAGCUGCCAGCGGAGGCCCCCGUCUCGCUGCUGCUCCAGGAAGCACGCGAGAUGCAACAGGAGCAGCAGCAGCAGCAGCAGCAGCAAGACUGCCACCCACCUCCUUUCUGUUGCGGCCUUCAGAGAGCAAGUUUGUUUGGUGCUGCAGUGCAGCAGCAGCAGCAGCAAAUACGCCGCAGCAAACACCUCGUCACUUGGCUGAGAAGAAGCUGCAGCACUAUCAAGAUCUGGGCUGUAGCAGAUGGUUCGCUGUGUCAUAGUCUGCCUGCCCCUUCUUCCGGCGCCUCGUUUUUGCGUCUGCGGCAGCUGCCGCACCCACGGAGCCAGCAGCAGCAGCAGCAGCAGCAGCACUAUCUGCUGGCUGCUUUAGAUAACGAAGGGCUGCUGACUCUGUAUGACAGCAGCAGCAGCUUCUCGAGUGUAUGUACACUCAGCUGCAGCGGGGGAGGGGGCCCUAUAACAAGACACAGCUUCUCCGCACAUCAUUUAAUUGUACUGCAGCAAAUGCAAACUGAGCACUUGCUGCUGCUGCUGCACCAACGCAUGCUGCAGCAGCAGCUGCAGCAGCAGCAGCUGCAGCAGCAGCAGCACCAGCAACUGCAGCUGCAGCAGCAGCAGCAGGAAGGUGAAAAUGAUGCCAAUGCAGUAAACUUUGUUGCAGCCGCCUUGUCUUCGUUCAAUACCGCUCUUGCUGCUGCUGCACUGCCGCUACUGCGGCGCGACGACAGCAGCAGCAGCAGCAGCGGCAGCAGAAGAAGCAGCAGGACAAGCGGAGAUCUUAUGCGGGAUCACUCGCAGGAGCAGCUGCUGCUGCAGCAGCAGCAGGCGCUGCGCUUGCUGCAGCAGCUGCAGCAGCAUGGAGAUCUGCGGCUGCUACAAAGCACAGGACUCCUCAGCGUAGUGAAAGUUUGGUCGCUUGACCAACUGCACCGCGUCGCCUUCUCGGCGCUGAGGCAAGGCCUGAAGCAGCAGCAGCGGGAGUCGCAGCAGCCGCAGCUGCAGCAGCAACCGCAGCAGCAAUUGCAGCAGCAACAGCAGCAGCAGCGGGAGCUCCCCGCGCUUCUCUUCGCAGGGACUCCCAGACAGGGAGAGCAGCAGCAACAGCAGCAGCAACAGCAGCAGCAACUGCAGCAACACCAGCAAGACAAUAAAGUAAGCAAGCUCAGUAAUCCUUGCGAUUCAGUCUGCUGUUUGACAGACAGCAGGAGCAGCAACAGCAGCAGCAGCAGCAAUAGCAGCAACAGCAACGGCAGCAGCAUGUGCUGCUGCUGUAGCCCUUGCCGAAGCAAACUCAGGUCCUGCUGCUGCUGUACAUGCGGUGGUAGUAGCAAUCAGCGCUGCUGCCCUCGCCCAGCAGCAUCAGCAGCUGCGGCUGCUGCUGUUGCUGCAGUUGCUGCUGCUGCUCCGGAAAGGGAACUAGUUCAGUUCAAGAGCCGCAGCAGCUGCAGCAGCAACGUCGGCUGCAACAGCAGCAGCAGCAAUAGCUGCUACGGCAGCAACAGCAGUGGCAACAACAGCCGCAGCAGCAACUGCAGCAGCACCAGCAACAGCAGCAGCAGCAGCAAUCCUUGCAAGAGCAGCUGCAGCAGCCCUACAGCAGGUAUUUGUCUCGAGGGAGGUGUGGGUGGUUGCAGCAGCAGCAACGCCAGCAGCAGCAACUUCAGCAGCAGCAGCAGCAGCAGCAGCAGCACCUGCAUCGGCAACAGCCGAGUGAACAUUAGGAAGAGGGGCAGGCACAGCAGCAGCAACAGCAGCAGCAGCAGCAGUGGCAAGAGGCCAGCUUACCGCUGUGGGUCUUGCUUCUACAGGCAGCAACACCAGCAGCAGCAGCAGCAGCAGCAGCAGCAACAGCAGCACAGUAUUCGAGGUCCUAUAUUUGCCUGUACAGCAGCAGCACGCUCCAACUCAAUCGCAGAAAGUGCAGCAGCAGCAGAAGCAGCAGCACCGAGAGCAGAAGCGGAAGGAAGAGCCUCAGCUUUAUUUGAAGAGGCAGUAAAGAUGACUGUGAAUGCUCCUCCUGCAGCAGCAGCAGCAGCAGCAGCAGCAGCAGAGGAAAGCUGCUGCUGCUGCGUGGCUGUCGAUCCCUUCGAUCCUGAGCCGCAGGUGCCCCUCAGGUUUGGCAGCCGCUGCUGCUGCUGCUGCUGCUGCUGCGCCAGUGAAGCGCGAGCAGCAGCAGCAGGGAAGCAGGAACAGCAGCAGAAGCGGCAACAGCAGCAGCGGGCGCCCGAGCAGCAGCAUCACGAGCAGCAGCAGAAGCAGCAGAAACAGCAGCAGCAGCAGCAGCAGCAGCAGCAGCACUGGGCUCUGUUUUAUCUAGAACGUCUGCAGCGACGCCUGCAGCAGCAGCAGCAGCAGUAUCAGCAGCAGCAGCAGCAGCAGCUCAGGCUGCUGCAGCAACUGGAAGCAGCUGAAGCGUCUUCCGUUUUGGGCUCCGAGUUGUUGGCUGAUUGCAAAGCAGCAGCAGCAGCAGCAGCAGCAGCAGCAGGGGCAGGAGCAGCAGCAGCAGGAGGUGCAGCAUGCGCCGCCGCAGCAGCAGCGAAAGCCGCCGCCGCCAAAGUAGCAGCAGCAGCCGUAGCCGCAGCAGCAGCAGCAACAGCAAUAGCAGCAGCAGCAGCACAAUGA